UUUCUCUCAUCUUCUUUUUUUUUUCUCAAUUAACAUCACUCCCAAUAAAGCAGAGAUAUAUAUAUAUAAAAUGCAAUUGAAAUUUGUUUCCCUCGGUUUGAUUGCCACCAUGUUGGUCUCCGUUUCUGCUCGUCCAUUACACUCUGAAGAGGUAGCUCUUGCUGCUCGCGGCUGUGGUUCUUGUGGCGGCGGUGGUGGAGGUGGUAUUACAGAUGGUCUUCCUGUAGGCGAUCUUACCGGCGGCCUUACCAACGGUGGUCUUCCUGUUGAUACUGUUACAGGUGCCGUUACUGGUGUUGGCGGUGGUGUUGGCGGUGGUAGUGGUUCUUUAGCCAAUGUCAGUGGUAAUAAUAUUCAAUUAGACAAUACCGCUAGUAAUAUCUUGAACAAUCUGAACGUGUCGGAUAACUUGAAUAACGCUGAUGUUGAUGUUCUCACCGGUGGUGAUAGCCACAAUGGUGGAUGUGGUGGUUCCGGUUGCGGUGGUGGUGGACAUCAUGGUGGCAACGGUGGUGGUCAUCAUGGUGGUAACGGUGGUGGUCAUCAUGGUGGCAACGGUGGUAACGGUGGUGGACAUCACGGUGGUGGACAUCACGGUGGCAACAGUGGUUGUGGUAGCUCUGGUGGUUGUGGUAGUGGUAGUAAUGAUAAUGAUAAUGACUUCCUCGGAGAUGACUUCUUCGACAAUGACCAUACUCAUGGACCCGAUUGCGCAUAAAGAAAAGGACUCGGAAUACAUGCAUUUAUUAUUAUAUUUUUUUUACCCUAUUAUGGGAAUACUGAAUACCCUUAAUACAGUUCCCAUAUCACAUACACAAACACAUAAACAACUUUUUUAUUCAUUUAUAAAACCAAUAAAAAAAAACCCAAUAGUAACUUAACAUCUU